ACUUUGGUUAGUCAUUUCAUUUGCAAAGAUAACACAAGACAAAAUUGUGUGUUCUCUAUACUGUUUGCAAGUAAGUGAAUAAUUGGCUAGCAAUUCGUUUUUCAAUGGGUACCUUUGUUAUUCAAAAUGCUCACUCACUUUCACUAUUAUCAAAUUCUUCAUCACUUUCUAUAACUCCCUCAUUGUUUAAUCAUCACCAGGUUCGUUUUUCUUUCAUUCCCAAUCACAAACCAAUAACCAGAACAACCAGAAGAAACAUCCUCAACUUGAACAUGUCUCUGUCUUCACAAACCCCAGGUUUUGAGCAAAAGAGAGUCAUAAUACCAAACAAGCACGGUGAAAAACUUGUGGGCAUAUUACAUGAUUCUGGAACUAACGAGAUUGUAAUCUUGUGCCACGGUUUUCGCUCCUCAAAAGAAUCCAAAACCUUAGUGAACCUUGCUGCUGCAUUGGAAAAAGCUGGAAUCAGUUCUUUCCGCUUCGACUUUUCUGGAAAUGGGGAAAGUGAUGGUUCGUUUCAGUAUGGUUACUACUGGAGAGAGGCUGAAGAUUUACGAGCCGUAACUCAACAUUUCCACGAAUCAAACCGUCUGGUGACUGCAAUUGUUGGGCACAGUAAAGGAGGUGGAGUGGUGCUUCUUUAUGCUUCAAAAUAUCAUGACGUCAAAGCAGUCGUCAAUCUCUCUGGACGCUAUGAUCUGAAGGCAGGAAUUGAAGAACGCCUUGGAAAUGAUUAUAUGAAAAGGAUUAAGGAGGAUGGUUUCAUUGAUGUGAAGAGUUCAGGAAAUUCUGAGUACCGCGUGACUCUGGAAAGUUUGUUGGAUCGCUUAAAUACAGAUAUGCUUGAAGCAUGCCUUCAGAUUGAUAAUGAAUGCAGGGUCCUUACAGUUCACGGCUCUUCAGACACAGUUAUAUCUGUGGGGGAUGCAUUUCACUUUGCCCAGGCUAUACCAAACCACACAUUACAUAUCAUAGAAGGAGCUGAUCAUCCCUACAAUAAUCACCAAAAUGAGCUAGCUUCGUUAGUUGUGAACUUCAUAGAAGAAACAUUGCACCAGGAUAGGGAUACUAGCACUAGCAGCAGUGAAUAGACUAAUUUUUGUUUGACAGAUAUCAUUGUGAUUGGUCUUGCAGUUAAUUGAAGUUGCUACCAAGAAUAGACUCUCUCGCGGGAUAUGGUGUUGUUUUACAAUUUUGAACUCCUUAAUUUUGCUCAUUAAAUUAGUGAAUGUUGCUUUAUAGGCAAAAA